GUAGUAAAUGUCAAAAUUUGGCAUUUGGGUAUGAACUAAAAAGUGUUUGCAAUAAUUUACAAUUAUAAAAUCCAUUAGGAUUUUGCGUCAUGGCUUUAAUAAAUAGUUUGCGUUUGGUACAAAAAUUAAAUGGAGCAAAUGCACCUUUGCUACUCAACCAAAUGACAAGAAAUCUUGCGCAUUGGAACAAGGAUUUUAAACCUGGUCCAUAUCCAACCACACAAAAAGAACGUGAUGAAGCUGCUAGAAAAUAUAACAUAGCCCCAGAGGAUUAUAAACCCUACCCAGACGAUGGAUUGGGUUAUGGUGAUUACCCAAAACUAGAAAUCGGAUUAGGUGUUGAAGCUAGAGAUCCAUAUUAUCCAUACGAUUUUCCAGAACAUAAACGUAACUUCAAUGAACCGAUACAUGCUGACAUUGAUUUGUAUGGCGAGGAUCGUUAUUCAGUAGCGGCACGCCCGCGUUACAGUAACCAGGUCUAUUGGGGAACUUUUCUUGGUGUAAUGACGUUCUGUUUUGUAUUAUAUUAUUGGUUAGAAGACAAGAAAAUGUUUCGUCCUGUUUCUGCAAAGCAAUAUCCAGGAGAUGGUAAAAAGCAUUAUACGUUUGAAAAUGAAUAAAUACUAAAUAAUAGUAGCUAAUCACGAGAUAAUUAAAUUUAACGCAAAGAAUUUGUAAAAUUUAAUUACAGAUAUAUUCUGUGUGCAAACUAAUUAAAUAAAGUACUAUAUGGCAAAAUACUUGUAAAUUUAU